AAAUACAAUAUAGUCUGAGCGGGAGUAGGAGACAUGGAGCUGGGCCCUUGAUGAGCAACGCCUGAUCAUGUGGAAGUCACGUCCUUGCAGAGGAGCGCGGAGUCUCUGUCAUGGGCUCUCCGCUGGAGUGAAAAGAGUAUGGAGAGAUAAUGAGGAAAGCACAGCGUGAGGCGGGCGACAAUGCAUGGAUCACUUCCCGCUCUGCGCAGUCUCCGCCUUCUCUGUUUGGCAAAGGGUACCUUGAAAGCUCCGAAUUCUGCAUGAGUGUAAUUUGAUGUGGAGAGUCUCACAAGCUUGAAAAGAACUCCAUGGACACUAUCUCAAUGCAAGAUCUUAUGUCAAUGUCAAUUAUCUCAAUGAGAGGGAUUGAUAAAUCGAAAAGUGAAUCUGAGGUGAAACUAUUGAAGCAAUAUCCGAGUAUGAGGAUGAAGUAAGUAUGAGUAUAAGUAGUUCGCCAUCUCAGAUAUUGGGAAGGAUAAAACUUUCAUGCUUUUUUUAUUUAUACAAACCGCCAACUUGUCCACCAGUGGGUAGUUAACCUCAAAUCACUCUUGGAUCCCUCUCAUUGAGAUAAUGAACAUUGAAAUAAGUCAGACACUCGUGAGAGUUGAAUUCAGUCUUCUUCAACGGCAGUCCUCCAGCGUUCUUUGUAAAAUGAAUACAGCGGAGGCCAAAGGCGACAAAAAUGGAAGAAUCAUCAAAAGCAUCGUGAUGCAUCAAAGAGAGACAUGCGUGAAGGAAAAAUUGUGUGGAUGUGCCUCCGUUUCCCACAUCUGCGAGGAUAUGACUCGCUGAGAAACCUACAUUGCCGAUGACUAAACCUCUCUCAUUAAUGUCAAGUUCCUGCAAUCAGAGGUUUUAAUGGGGUUCAAGUUACUUCCGCCCACACCCAAUUCGUAAAGCCUGCAUGAUGUGAAAGAGUAAAAAGUGGCAUGUCCAACUGCCACCACGAGAUAAAUUUACUUACUUUACUAACCUUAAAUUUACCUGUCUUUUGGUUAUGUAUGUUUUAUUUACAUCAAUUUCUAGACUUUUGAGACUUUGCUGGUUGUUUCCAAUACGGACUGGCAUUUUAAUGUACCAAAAAUACAUGUUUUUGCAAUUGUAACAAGUGUUCAAAUGUUGCACCUUGCGCUACAUUUGAACAAGUGAUGUAUAUCAAGGGUUCUUCGAGGAGAAGUGGAGCAAUGCUUUUUCAGAAAAUAAGGGAGGCCCUGAGAGUUUUAGAUCUAUUCGCAACUGAAAACUUUCUGUCGGAAUACAUACGGUAAAUGGAUAGCAGAUAUUCGGCGACCCAGGAAAUGAAAUCGAGUGCGGUUGGGCACCUUAACACCAAGGACUGUGUGUCUUGCGACUUGAAGGCUUAGAAGCUCUAACGAUCAUUUUUAAUUUGCACAAUUCUCUCUCAGCCUAGUCCUUACACUGUAUUUACGCCUUUGCUUUAAUUAUCUAUCUUAACUCUUUAAAAGUUUUGAUUUUCAGUUUAGUCCAUGCACCUGAUUUAUUUCAUGCCUUUACUCAGGGUGGAGAUGCUUCUACGAUGGUUGUUGAUCUA